AUUUCAAUACAAGAAAAUACUAAGAACCUAUUUGAUGAAUUAUCUGAUAAAUAUGUUGUUUCAUUUUUAUUUAGAAAUCUUGCAGCUGAUGAAUCUUUGGAAGAUUUUAAUGAAGUUGAGGAUUCUGUGAAUAUUGAUGAUAUAUAUAUAGAGUUAGAACAAACAGAAAAAGCUGCAAUUUAUAUGCAAUUACCUAAACCACCUAGUUUUGAUGCUUUAGUUUACAAUAUGCCUUAUCAUAAAGAUUAUAUAAUUAUUCUUACAAUUAUCAUAUUAAAUACAAAUGAAUAUGCUCAAAUAAAAAAUACUAAUGCAAUGGGACAAGUAUAA